AUGGUAGAGUUUGACUUCGACGAUAUAACUCCUGUUAAACUUAACGAGGAAGAACCUCAGUUGUGUCAGAUAUUGUACGAUGAUGAGUACAAAGAGACAAUGGGGUUGAUGCUAGCAUUAAUGCAGAAAGACGAACAUUCAGAAAGGGCGUUGUGGGUUACGGAAAAAGGGAUCGAGUUAUUGGCAUCGCAUUACACCAUUUGGAAUUAUAGGUAUACUAUUUUGACAAGGCUAAAUAAGGACUUUUACGAAGAAUUAGACUGGUGUGAACAAAUAGCCCUCGAAAACGAAAAGAACUACCAGAUAUGGAAUUACAGACAAUUGAUAAUCGAGAAGAUCAUAAGUGAUGGGGGCGAUAAGAAAUUUAAUCCCCAUCGCGAGUUUCCCAUAAUGAAUGCUAUGCUCCAAGAAGAUACUAAGAAUCACCAUGUAUGGUCAUAUCGGAAGUGGUUGGUUGAACGGUUCGAAUUAUACCACGACGAAAAAGAAUUGCAAUUUGAUGACCAGAGUAUAGAGAAUGACUUGAGAAACAACUCGGCGUGGACGCAUAGGUUUUUUCUCAAAUUCAGCCCCGAGAGUGGCAGCAAUAAUGACAUCGCCUACCGGGCAAUGGUCGACAAGGAAAUCGAAUUCACCAAAAGGAAAAUCUGCCAAUGUCCCCAGAACCCAUCCACAUGGAACUACUUGUUUGGCAUUUACAGGAGACUUGACAAAGAUGUCAAUGAAUUAUAUGAAUUUUGCUUGACGUUUGCCAACGUACAAGAAUCACAAGACGUGGAGAUGGUUAUUACCAGUACGUACGCCUUAGAGAUGUUAGCAACCAUAUACCAGCGCCGUAAGGAGCCUGUGUUGGCUGCAAAGGUGUAUGAUCUCCUUUCUACCACUUACGACCCAAUAAGAGCCAACUACUGGAACUACGAAAAAGGAAGGAUAGCCGUAUAA